AUGAAGUUAAGCAAUACUCCUCAACAUAAAACAUCAAGACUUGAUGAUUCUACAUCUACAGACAUUCAUAAUAUGUGUUAUAGUAGAGUUAACAUACUUACUAAUGAAGUUGAAAAACUUACUGAUGUUCUUGGAACAGCCUCACAAGAAAUGGAAGUCCUUAAGGAACAUAAUAGAGACUUGUAGAACUAAUUACAAGAAAUGGAGCAAUCUAACUCAAUUUUAAAUUAAGAAUAUGAUAACUUAUGCGAUAGAUUAAAAUAGAAGAGCAUUGAGUCAGAAGAAUACGCAUUCUAAGUUCAAAAGUUAACUCUUCAGAAAUAAGAACUUAGUCAAAAUCUCAAUAAAGUCUUAAAUGAGUUAGAGCAAACUAAUUAAAUUAUUGAAAUCAAAGAUCAAGAAAUAUAAGCAGGCAAACAAUAAUUUAUUAAUAAAACUGAAGAAUUAUAGAAGAGCUUAUAAUAAACCUAUCAUUUGGACCAAGCCUUAAGAGUUGUUAAGGAGGAAAAAUUAAAAUAUAUUUAUGAGUAUUAACAACUAUAGAAGGUUGUUAAGGAUCAAUCAGAUUAAAUAAAUGAAUUGUUGGAAAUUAAGAAUGCUUAUGAAUUAUUGAAAAUAGACUUAGAUGUACUUAGAGUCAAUUAUUCGAAUUUGUUGGAUUAGAAUCUUCAAGAAAAAAAAGAGUUAGAAGCAUAGAUCGACGUAUUACGUGACAUGCAUGGCUAUACUAUAGAAGAUGCUGAGACGAAAUUUGCUAAUUAAAUCAAAUAAGAAGUUGAAAAUUAUAAAUAAUUAUAUGAUGAAUAAUAUAAGGCUGAAAGAAUGAACUAUGAAUCAAUCACCGAUCAACUGAAAAAUCAAGUGAAUACCUUAUAAUUGCAAUUAUAAAAUGCAGAAUUAUUGAUAGCUACUCAUAAAUAGAAUCUAAUGAACCAAACUUAAUUGACUAUGUUUGAAAAGAAUAACCAAGUCAGCGAAUUGAGAGCUUAGAAUUUCGUAUUAUAAGAAUCGUUAAGAAACAUGAACAGAGAACUAAAUGAAUUGAAAUUGCAGAUGGAGAAUGGAAAUAUCAUAAGAUUCGAUGAUGAUGUUAGGAAAUAAAUUGAGUAUAAAUUAGAUUUAUGUCAACAAAUGCAAAAAGAGAGGGAGGAGUUCAAAAAGGAAAAUGAACAAUUAAAAAGAGAGAAUCGCUUAUUAAAAGAAAACAACGAGUUGAUGUCCUAGUAAAUGCAUCAAUAAUCAAGUAUUAGUUAAUUGCCUUAAUCAGUAUUGAUCAGUUAAAUUUAGCCUUAAGGUGUUUCUCCAGGGCAAAAGAUAACUGACAGCGAAAAGAUUAAAUAUCUACUAAAGGCAGUUGAUCAACUCUAAAUUGCCAUAAAGGAUAGAGAUUUGGAAAUUAAUAAAUUAUCACAUCUUGCGAGUACUAAUGCAGGGUUGUCAUAAUUGGUGAACAAACCAAAGUCGUAAAUUAGAUUUUAUCAUCUAAACUCAGGGGAUAUGAGUUUGGAUGACAAAUAAUAAUGA